GGGAAAAGAAGAGGGAGGCGGAAUGCAACAGGCUGAGCUCAAUCGUCACUGCCAGAGGGACUUCUGACUGACAAACACAACUACUACACUCCUUUUUCAGCCCCUCACUAACAUCCUGACUGUGUGCCGCUUUCAAAACUCACCCGAUCUGAGAGCCUGGACCUGGUCCAGGUGCCUUGGUACCACUCUUCCUCCCUCCUCAUCAUCCCUCUCACCUCCUUGCAGCCUGACGUUUGUGGAGCCAGCAGCUGGGGAGGGGCUGGAUGGCACCAUCCUAUGUCAAACUCUAUAUAAGCUCUUGAGAAGACAAAGAAGGGAGAGGGGACAACCAGACAGUCAGACAAAAGUCACCUGAAUCACCAGCAGCACUUCUAAAGAUGGCAACCAACAGGGAGCACCAACUGCGUCACAUCACUGGCUUCCCUCGUGCCAUGUACCCCUUCACCUUCAACUCCAUGCGGAGCCACUCCCCCUUCGACCUGCUGGCCAGUAGCCACCUCUUUGGCAGGUUUGGGGCGGACCUUCCUAAAGAAAUGGCUGCGUUGUCGGUGGAGACGCAAAGCACUAGCUCAGAGGAGAUGGUGCCCAGCUCUCCUUCCCCUCCUCCCCCUCCUCGGGUCUACAAGCCGUGCUUUGUGUGCCAGGACAAGUCCUCUGGUUAUCACUACGGAGUGAGCUCUUGUGAGGGCUGCAAGGGUUUCUUUCGGCGAAGUAUCCAAAAGAACAUGGUGUAUACCUGCCACCGAGAAAAGAACUGUCAGAUCAACAAAGUCACCCGCAACCGCUGCCAGUACUGCCGGCUGCAGAAAUGCUUUGAGGUCGGCAUGUCCAAAGAAGCGGUUCGUAAUGACAGAAACAAAAAGAAGAAAGACGUGAAGGAGGAGUUGGUGCUGCCAGAGAACUAUGAGCUGAGUGGAGAACUGGAGGAGCUUGUUAAUAAAGUCAGCAAAGCUCACCAAGAGACCUUUCCAUCUCUGUGCCAGCUAGGAAAAUACACCACAAAUUCAAGUUCGGACCACAGAGUACAGCUGGACUUGGGCCUGUGGGAUAAGUUCAGUGAGCUGUCCACUAAGUGCAUUAUAAAGAUUGUGGAGUUUGCAAAGCGGCUACCAGGCUUUACCACGCUCACCAUCGCUGACCAGAUCACCCUCCUCAAAUCUGCAUGUCUGGAUAUCCUGAUGCUGAGAAUAUGUACCCGAUACACACCAGAACAGGACACCAUGACCUUCUCAGAUGGCCUGACUCUUAACAGAACUCAGAUGCAUAACGCCGGUUUCGGCCCGCUCACAGAUCUGGUGUUUGCCUUUGCCGGCCAGCUGCUGCCUUUGGAGAUGGAUGACACAGAGACGGGACUACUCAGUGCCAUCUGCCUUAUAUGCGGUGACCGUAUGGACCUAGAGGAGCCACAGAAGGUGGACAAGCUGCAGGAGCCUCUACUAGAGGCUCUGAAGAUCUACACCCGCCGCCGACGCCCCAACAAGCCUCACAUGUUUCCUCGCAUGCUGAUGAAAGUCACAGACCUCCGAGGAAUCAGUACCAAAGGUGCAGAAAGAGCCAUCACAUUGAAGACAGAGAUCCCUGGACCCAUGCCUCCACUGAUCAGGGAGAUGCUGGAAAACCCUGAAGCCUUCGAGGACAGUAGUGACUCAGGGGACAGCACCGCAGCUGCUCCCCCCGCCAUUCAAGCCAUCAAAAAAGAGGAGAAGGCAGCGGACGAGUCGCCCGCUGAGGAGGAAGAGGAGGAGGAGGAGGACGACUACUGGGAUGAGGAGAAGGAGAGAGGUGCAGACAGUGAUGGGGAGGCUUGGGGCGAGGCAGCAGCCGGAGGGCAGAAGAAAGGUGUGACUGGAAAACCACAGUGAGAGACUCAACGAUUGCUGAUUCCCUGUUGCCAAACAAUAUCUCCUUUUCGAACCCAAUACUUUUAGGCUCUUAGACAACACUCGUACAGCAAGUUUUUACAUAUCGUGUAUGUUUCAACUGAAUGGAAAUGUGUUAAAUUCAGUAUGGGAAGCAAAAGGCGAGAGAAGAAAAAGCACUAAUAGUCAGUGGGCCGAGGAGACCGCCAUGCAAAAUCACUGUGCCAAAAUGAGACUGUAUAAAAGAUAUUUCAAAAAGUGUUCGGUCCACCCAAAGAGGAACAAUAUGUGGUGGAUUGAAGAAAAUGCACUCCUCUGCUAUCUAUAAGGGCUAUACUUUGUAUAAAAUUGAUGGUAAAAUACAUUGCUGCAACAGUACUCAAUGUGGUGCCCAUUUGCCGCAUAUGUCUUUUGCAGAAUUCCCUUUCUUGAGAUAUGCUACUUAUUUUUGUUAUUGUAUGGUUUUUGUAAGCAUGUACACAUUUCUUCUCUUUCUGAAAGCCUGUUUGUGGGAUUUUAUGUUGCUUUAUUUUUGUAUAUUAUUUCACUCAGUCCUUCUUACAUUUUUUACUGGACAUAUGAGGUUUAUUCUUUUUUAAGUGUGUCUUUAAUUGUAUGCGUUUCCGCUUUAUUGGAUAAAAACAUAAGCAAUCGUCAAAAUAGUAACGACAGCAACAGCAAAGAGACACCAGGUCAUGAGCAGGACUCAAACUCACAAUUUGACAAGCACAUUGUAUAUUGGUAGGCAACUAUAACCUUACUAUCAGUUGCUAUCAGUGCUUGUGAUCCAAAUAAGACUCCAAAAAAGAAUGCAAAACAAAUAAAGCAAUAUAUCAUCUUCACCUCUCAGCAAAUCAACACACUUACAAACAAGAGAAACUAAGACUAAAGAAUCUGCAGGGUAGAUUUCAUGUCGUAAAACAGUCUCAGGUUGAUGGUCAAUACAGUAUUUUAAGAAACCUUAAGGUGUGUCUGCUCCAAUGUCAAUACCUGACAUCCAUAUGGAUUUUUUAUAGCUUUCAUUUUGAUCAAGUUGUACAUGCCCUUGGUACAGCAUCCAGGUACUGAAAAGCCAUAAUAUUUUCAUUUGGAAAGCAAAGAAUCCUCCAAACAUAAAAGCAGUUUACGUCACAGGAAACCUCAGGUGUGUAUGUGUGUGUGUGUGUGUACGUGUGUGUGUGUCUGUGUGCAUGAAUGUGUAACUGAGAGCAUUUAGCAUUAUACCAUGUUUUUGCAAAUGUUGUUCUUAACGUCAUUGCUGCCAUACUAUAGAGUAAACUAUUAGCUUGCUUAAAAGAAUGCACAUAAAACAGGUUUUGUAGCAAAGACAUUUUUCAGAUUUCCACAGCUCACUCAAAGGCAGCCGAACAUGUAAGCUGAACCAAGAUGAGUUUGUAACCGUCCAAAAUGACUAACAAAUUAAAAAGCUUACAUCUUAUGGCCUGUCAUGUCAAGUGUGUUCAUGUGUGCUGUAUCUCUUGAGUGAGGCAAACAUACAUCUUGUAAAAUAUAUUCUUAAUUAUUUUGUCUUUACAUUGAAACUAUACAGCUUCUUUUUUUUAACAUGGCAGAUGUAUACAAUUUUCAAAGACAAUGUGACUCUCACUCAGCUCGUUAAGGGAAAAGAUUCUCCAUCAGCAUGUUGAAACGCUGCAGCAGCAACAAGGCUGUAGCAUAUUUGUUCUCAAAAUGAGGGAAACAAUUAGUUUAAAUGAUGAAGUUGAAAAAAGGACUGCAUGUUUCUGAUCAUCAAAUAUGGAGAUGUUCACUCCUCUGAAUGAAGCAAAAUGUUGAGCUGAUCAUGUUUGAAGCAUUUACAAUUGAUAAAAGUUUGAUCAUUCUUUAGCCCCAGAACUACAGCUAAGAGAAAAUGUUGAUUUAUUGAUAAACAACACUGAUGUCAAAAUAGAUUUUAGACUGUUAAAUGAAGAUAUUUGGUACUACAAAGGAGCUUAAUAACCAUACUAAAAGACACACAGAGUUAAUAUUUGCACUGUCAGCCAACUCUCUAUGCUAUAUUGUUCUACAUAAAAUAAUAUUUCUACUUCUCAUAACCAUAAUAUUUCAUAAUUAGUUGUUUUCCUGUUUAAUUUUUUGUUUUCGUUUUCUUGAAUUUGAGCUGGUGCAAUAGAAAAGCCAUGAUAGAGGUCUGAGGCCUCAGCUCUGUGUGUAUGUCUGCAUGUGACCACAACAACAACAAAUAGACCAAAGACAGAUAUGUAGUCACAUUUUGACAAAACAUUAACUGAUAAUAAAAUUGAGUUCAUCUAUGUGAAAUAUAUUAACUUUGUAUUAUGGGAGAAUCUUUUUUGAUCGUGUUACUUUUGAAGCUGGAACCAUUGUAUCUCUGUUGAAUUGUAUUGUUGUUUUUGACUUUUUAUAUUUACAAUGUUUGUCAUUUUCAAAUAACUUCAUGUUCAGGGAUUUGGACACCUCAUGAGUUUGUAUUUCAAUUGUUCCAUAAUAUCUCUGUUACACACAAAUGGUUAAAAAAAAAGAAAGAAAGAAAAAAAUACUGGG